AUGGAUUCCAAUCGUUAUCUAGCACCAACCAUCUAUUCUCUCAUAUCCAUAACAAUCUUCAUCACCAUCGCCCAAGCCAUUUGCGUCCCAAUCGGUUCCUCUCGUUCCGACCCCGCUCCCACCCCUAAACCAUCCUAUACUCUCUCCCAAGAUUCCGACGGUUCACCCCUUAAAGACAUCACCGGAAAAAUUGGAGACCUUUUACAUUCCGCCAUAGCAAAUAACCCACUAACCGGAAACCUAGACCCAGCACUAAUGAAAAUGUGUAACGCCACUGAUAAUCAAGAACUCUGCAUUACCGAACUCGUGCCCCUACUUAACGGUAAAAACGAUGCUGAUUCGGUUAUCCGUAUGGCGGUUAAGGCGGCGUCGGAUUAUACAAACUUGGCUUUGAUGGAGGCGGAGAAAUUGGCAGCGGAUCCUUCGAUUUCAAGUAGGUUGGCGGGGAUUUUUACCGACUGUAAAGACAGUUAUUCGGACGCGUUGGAUAAUUUUCAGGAGGCGUUGCAAUCUUUGCCGGCGAAGGAUAGCGGUACGAUGGGGAGUAUGUUGAGCGCGGCGAUAACGGAUUUUAGCGAUAUUGACGAUUUUCUUGAGGGAUAUACUACUACUUUGCCGGAGUAUAAUGCUAAAUUGGUGAAGUUGACGAGCAAUUGUAUAAAUGUCACAUCUGAAGUGCUUCUUGCUAGGAUUUUUGCAGCCACAACUCAAUUUCCUUAG